AUGUGCACCGAGUGUGAGCCGUGUGGGCAGCGGGUGAUAGCGCCUACACCGCCUCCGCCACCCCCACCUCUGGCGCCGCCCUCACCACCAGCGAUCGUUAGCUUCCCUGCAGAAGGCGCGCUCAUUCUUGCAGGCGGCGACGGAGUGCGGGGGUCCGAGGGCUGCGUGCACGAGCCCGACGCCACAAACUUUAGCGGCGUGCCUAUCGCCGGGCAGUGCUGCACUCGCGAAGGAAACUGCAAGCGCAGCACGAGCAGGAGCAACGACGACUGUAUCUUUGGCGCGUUCGGGACGCCCGCCUAUCGUCAGACGACGUGGAUAGAGGCAGCACGAAAGUGCGAAUCCGAGGGUCUCGUCCUGUGCGACAAGGGCUGCAAGAACACUGGGUGCGGGUACCACGCUGUCUGGUCUCGGGGCGGCCGCUUUGCCAAGCUCGUUAAGCUGCUCCCAGCGGUCAACAAGGAGCUUCGCUACCUUGGCACAGCUAUCCCCGACAGCGGACUCCUGAACGACGUCAACUACGUGGAGUACUUGCUGCGCGAAUUCAACGCGGCUACUCCUGGCAACCAGAUGAAGUGGGGCCGGAUGGAGCGCGCGCGGGGCGAGAUAGACUGGGCCCAAGCGGACCAGUUCGUCGAGUUUUGCCAGCUCCACAGGUUGCGGAUUAAGGGGCACGCGCUCGUGUGGCACACUCAGAUGCCAAGCUGGGUGGACGACGCGCUGCCCGCUUGGCAGCUACGCGCAGCGCUGCUCAACCGCGUCACUACGCUCGUCUCGCGCUACAAGGGCAUUGUCCGCGCGUGGGACGUCAUGAACGAGGCGACGGCCGACAAGACGUCGGUGCUGAAUGGCGAGGCCGUCGAGGGGCUCUACCGCCCGACGAUCAUCAUGAAGAAGCUCGGCCCGGGGAUCAUCGACGACCUGUUCCGGGCCGCCCACGCCGCUGAUCCGGACGCCGAUCUCAUCUACAAUGAGUACAAUGUCCUCAAGGGGGGUGCAAAGGCGGACCGGAUGUACACUAUCGUGCAAGGGCUGCUGCAGCGGGGGGUGCCGGUGCACACGGUCGGCUUCGAGGGGCACGUCUUGGGCAAAGAGAUCUAUCCGAAGACGGAGGCGGUGCGCGGCAGGAUCAAGCGCAGCCUCAAGCGCUUUGCAGACCUCGGCGUCAAGGUCACGCUGUCCGAGAUAGACAUGCGCGUGAGGGACUGGCCCGAGGCGGUGCGUAUGGAGAACCAGCGCGAGGCCUACCGUGCCCUCAUGGCGGAAGCCCUGAUCUCGCCGUACGUUGAGGGGCUCACCUUUUGGGGGUUCACUGACAAGUUCUCGUGGAUCCACGGCUGGUUUGGAGAAGACGACCCGUUGCUUUUCGACCGCGAGUAUGGCCUCAAGCCAGCGUAUCAUGGGUGCUGCGACGGGGAUGCGAGCUCCAACUUCAAUUGUAGCGGCUCCGUCAUCACCACUAGCACCGGCUGGAACAACGGCGGACUCUGCAGGGGCUGCUCGAGGUGCAUUGCCGAACGAAAAGAGACGUGGGAGAUGGAGGAUUGCUUUGGCAACAGCGCGAGGGACACAGCAGAAUAUGACGAAACAUACUUUCACGAGAAUGAUAUAAAAGGGGUUAGACUGAUAAAAAAGAGACUUGAGAGACUUGAGAGCGACGUGUGA